AUGUCCAUCAAUCUGGCCUAUCCGACCUAUUUGUACUAUGGCAGAGGCUCGGAAUUAGGUCGUCAGACAACAACAUACACUUCGGUUUAUCCCGGCUACUAUAAUCCGACGCCCAACUAUUACUAUUAUAACAUCAAUUCUCUCUUUUUCUUUUGGCAAUUGAUCUUCCCAGAUUCUCCAGACUUCAUUGACAUGGAAUUAGAAUCAUCUCAAGCACAACAUAAUGUUACCACCCGACAAGUAUUUAUGCCAGGACGAAUGCCUUAUCCCAUGCCUAUGCCUAUGCCAAUGCCGAUAGCGAGACCCCUUCCAGCUCCUGUGCCUCCUCCUGCUCCUGUGUAUUAUCCUCCAGUACAGCCCAGACAAUUGCCCAUGCCAAUGCCAAUGCCUAUGUCUCCACCCCAAUAUAGCAUAAUGCCGCCGAUGUCAGUUGUCAUUCUGCCUAUUGGCGUGGUGAGUGUAUCUGGCAUCGGCUACAGCUACAAUCAAUAUUAUGGGCCAGGCGGACUUUAUCCUACUUACAAUAACCCGUACACAACUCAAAGUCCUAACUACGACUACUACAACAACAACAACAAUAACAACAAUUACAAUUACGUUAACAAUAAUAACGAUUACAACUCAUAUGGAUAA